AAACAGUAACCCAGCUAAGCAUUAUUACUGAAACAGUUGUUGAACGUAUAAGAAUAUUCUAAAUUUCGCGAUAACGCUGAAUAAUAUGGCAGCUAUUGACUACUCAUAUUUUCUUAACCCACACGCUUCAAGAAGGCGGCCUGCGCUUACCAGAGAAUUAACAAAACUGCAUUAUAUGGCACCAAAAGAAGCAAUUUCGCUCGCCGAAGGAAUGCCAAACGAAGUUACCUUCCCUUUCGAAAAGAUAAGUGUCGUAAUGAAGGACGGAUCAAGUUUCUGUUUAAAGGGAGCCCAAUUGGGUGCCGCACUACAGUACAUCCCUUCGCAAGGAUACCCUCCGCUAGUGAAUCUUCUUCGCGAUUUCACCCAGCAAGUACACCAACCGCCAAUUUGGGAUCAGCGCGAAGUUAUGAUAACAACCGGAUCACAAGACGGCAUUAGUAAAUCCAUCGAAAUGUGCUUGCAAGACGGCGAACCUGUAGUUGUGCAAAACCCGCUUUACUCAGGAACAGAAGUUGUGUUGAAACCAUUCCGACCGACGUUAAUCCCGGUAGAUCAAGACGAAGACGGAAUGGUACCGCACCUGUUGAGGAAAGCGUUGGAAGAUUGGCAGACUAAGUGCCUCGUGUCGGAUGGCGAAUUAAAAAUGCCGAAACUACUUUACAUCAACCCCACGGGAUCAAAUCCCACCGGCACAACAAUGCCAUUGGAACGAAGAGUGGAGGUGUAUCGCAUUUGUUGCGAAUACAACAUCUUGAUUCUGGAAGAUGAUGCGUAUUGCUUCAUGAACUUUGCCCCGACCACACCACCGUCGUUCCUAUCCUUGGACACCGAAGGUCGCGUUUUGCGUUUCGACUCAUUCUCUAAAGUGCUCAGUUCAGGAUUGAGAAUAGGGUGGGUGACCGCUGCCAAGCCUCUCAUUCAAGCUAUCGAAUUGCAAAUUCAAAGUUCCUAUCUACAUUCCAGCACCAUGUCACAGGUGCUAACGUACAACUUAAUCAGCAGUUGGGGCUUUGAAAAGCUAUUAACCCACUUCGACUCAGUCCGUAACUACUACAAGGCAAGGCGCGAUAUUACUUUGGCCGCAAUGGACCGACACCUGAAGGGUCUCUGCGAAUGGGGCACGCCAAACGGUGGAAUGUUCGUAUGGAUUAAGGUGCGUGGCGUCCCCGACGUUUACGAUAUGAUUUUAACCCGCGGCAUCAAGAAGCUAAUCACUUUCGUUCCCGGCCAAGUUUUCAUGGCGGAUCAAAGCGAGGCGUGCAGUUUCAUCAGGGCUUCGUAUAGUAAAGCAAACCCUAAACAGAUCGAUCGCGCCAUGUGUUUACUUGCGGAAUUAAUAAGGGAUGAACAAGCGUUGCUAAAGAGGAAACUUGAGGACUGUACUUAACAACAUCAGCGCCACCCUGGCAGGGUUCAGUUAGAUUUUUGCAUGUAUCAUGCAGCAUCAGUGUACAUAUUGAUUUGACGUAGGUAAAGUACCCUACCCCAUAAUGUAGAUGAGACGUCUACCCUCCGAGAGAAAGCGCUACGAACGCGAUGUUGUUUAAAAUAGUACGAGAAUGUUAUAAUUAUGAUUAAUGUCGAUUAUUAUUAUUAAGAAGUGUACAAAAUGCGAAUUAGUUAAGUAUUAUUUAUUUAGAUCCAAGUAAUAACGUAAUAAAAUCAAACCCUUACCGAA